AUGGAAGUGAGAAAUGAAACAAAGUAAGGGACAAUAUUAAUAAACUCAGUCCUUGCCUGGGGAAAACCGGGGAAGCUGUGAAGCGCUGUGGCCACUGGAGAAGAAAGACCCUUAAAGCAGCAGGGCGACUUUGAAGAUUCUGCAUGAGGUUAGAUUGUGGCCAGACCGAAAUGAAAUGAGUGGCUAACGACUGACCUCUUCCACUGCACCACCACCACCAGCAACCUGUAGCAUCUAACCAGUGCCUCUUCACCAGCCUGAUACACAAACACACCCACAUACACAGAACACCAUCAGACUGUGACAUCAGGUGCAAGGGGAUGACCGAACGCAUUCACCACAUUAAUCUCCACAACUUUAGCAAUUCUGUACUUGAGACCCUCAAUGAGCAGCGAAACCGCGGGCACUUCUGUGACGUGACGGUUCGGAUCCACGGUAGCAUGCUGCGAGCUCACCGCUGUGUGCUGGCUGCAGGCAGCCCCUUCUUUCAGGACAAGCUGCUCUUGGGCUACAGUGACAUCGAGAUCCCCUCUGUGGUUUCUGUGCAGUCCGUCCAGAAACUGAUUGACUUCAUGUACAGCGGCGUGCUGCGGGUCUCCCAGUCCGAGGCGCUGCAGAUCCUCACAGCUGCCAGCAUACUACAGAUCAAGACCGUUAUCGACGAGUGCACCCGCAUUGUUUCGCAGAAUGUUGGCUUCGCUGGAUCUGGCAGCUUUUCCGUCGUCCCUGGCGACUCGGGGCAGGAGACGCCUCGGGGAACUCCUGAGUCUGGCACCUCCGGUCCUAGUAGUGAUGCCGAAUCAGGCUACAUGCAAACAUCUCACCAGAGCCUUGACCGUGUUUACUCCUCGCUGUAUUCCAGCUGCUCUGGGUUGGGCCUGCAAAACGGGACCCGUGGAAAUCGCUCCCACUAUGCCAGCGCCGUGGUGACAGCCGGCUACGACUCACCCCUUCCAUUACAGCAGAAGGAGGGAGGGCAGGACCCUGCCUGGAUCACACGCAUCCACGAGCGCUCGCAACAGAUGGAGCGCUUCCUAGUCACGACAGAGACUACACACUGCCGUAAACAGCCUCGUCCCGUGAGGCUCCACACGGGUGAUAUUCACAUCAAGCAGGAGCAAGGGGACGAGUACACCUGCUACGGGCUGGAGGACUGCCGUGAGGACAGCGAACAGCUGGAGUGCGAGCCCAAGGGCGAGAGCUUCGACUCCGGCGUCAGCUCUUCCAUCGGCACGGAAACGGAUUCUGUCGAGCAGCCUUUCUUGUCUGGGUUCGCUCGAGACAACUGUCCAAACAAAGGCCAGCAAGGUGAGCGGGGAACCCCUGUGCAGAUCGAGGUCAACGAUUCAUCCCCCGAGCAGACCCAAGAGUCGGUUGAAGACGGGAAUGGAAACGGUCCUUCUCAAGAGUGUGGCGAGCUUGGAAUCUAUCAGCCGCCACAAGCACCCCAGUCGAUGCCUGCUGGGCCGUACCUGCGGCCAGGUGAGCCACUUACCAGCAACCUGCGUAUGCCCCUCACCCUAACCAGCAACACCCAGGUAAUGGGAACCGCAGGCAACACGUACUUGCCUACACUCUUUGCAACCCAGUCAGCCAGCGACAACAAGCCUUUCCUCUUCAGCCUGCCCCAGUCCAUUGGAAGUCAGCAGCCCCAAUUUGUGGCAGUGCCCUCUCCGUUCCCCAGCGGACUGACCGUGCCACCGGCUGGAAGUCAACAGCAAAGUAAUGCUACCGUGGGACAGCAUGGGGAGAAGAAGCCCUACGCAUGCACUCUUUGUUCCAAGACCUUCACUGCCAAACAAAACUUUGUGAAACACAUGUUUGUGCACACAGGUGAAAAGCCACACCAGUGCAGUAUCUGCUGGCGUUCGUUCUCGCUGAAGGAUUAUCUCAUCAAACACAUGGUUACACACACAGGCAUCCGAGCAUACCAGUGCAGCAUCUGCAACAAACGCUUCACCCAGAAGAGCUCGCUCAACGUCCACAUGCGCCUGCACCGUGGAGAGAAGUCCUACGAGUGCUACGUCUGCAAGAAGAAGUUCUCCCACAAGACCCUGCUGGAGCGCCACAUGGCCCUGCACAACACAGAGACCGGGGUCUCCGGGGUCUCCGGGGUCAGUGCCGCAGGGAGCGCCGGAGGCCCCGCAUCCAUCCCGGUUCCGAUGGCUGUUCCCGAGCCGGGAGCAGGAGUGGUGGCUCUCGCCAUGCCGGUGGGAGCAGGUGGGGUGACCACAUGCGCAAGCAUGUCUCCGACGGAUAAGUACAAAUAA